AUUUUUAACGAUCUUCGGUUAACACUUUUGUCUUUUUGUUUUUUUAGAUUACUUUUUUUGCAGCAAAGAAACGUCUUAGUUCAAGAAAAGAAUAUGAAUUGAUUAAUGACCUAACAAAUCUGAUUCGGCUCUUGUUUUCUUCUUUUCCUUGAUUAUUAUCUUGGCAUCAUUGGGUUAGCAUUCAUAGUUGGUGGGUUUUGUGGCUUGAAUGUAAUUGCAGCUUAUUACUACCUCUCCACUUAAAUUUAGUUACAUACCCUUUAAUGAAUUUUUAUUAAAAUUGAUGUUUAUGGUUUAACCUUUCACAGCAAGUUAGGGAAAGUAGUACUCUUUGUGUGCUUGGAGAAUGCUACAUCAAAAAGAAGGGUCUGAUUGACAUGGAGUUGUUAACAUUAGACUUUACGUUAGUCUCAAGUAAAGCUAAAACAAAAGGGUUUGUAAGAAUAGAUCGCAUGUUCGAUUCAUAUGCUAAUAGUUCAUUAGGCAUGAUUGAUCCAGAUGGUAUUGAAGCACUCUGUUCAGAUCUAGGAGUGGACUGCACUGAUGUGAGGAUAUUGAUGCUUGCUUGGAAAUUAAAAGCUCAAAGGCAGGGCUAUUUUACCCAGGAUGAGUGGCGAACUGGCCUGAAAGAGUUGAGGGUUGAUUCAAUUAGCAAACUAAAAAAGGCACUUCCUGAACUGGAGAAGGAGGUGGGGAAGCCAUCAAAUUAUGACAGUUUCUAUUCCUAUGCAUUUCGAUACUGCCUGACAGAGGAGAUGCAAAAGAGUGUGGACAUUGAAAGCAUCUGUGAAUUGUUGAAUCUUGUUCUAGGGGCCCAAUUUCGUCCCCAGGUUGAUUUACUAAUUGAGUAUCUAAAGGUACAGAGUGAUUACAAAGUAAUAAAUUUGGACCAGUGGAUAAAUUUUCUACGUUUUUGCCAGGAGAUUAAUUUUCCAGAUCUUGAAAAUUAUGAUGCAACCCAAGCUUGGCCCUUGAUCCUUGAUAAUUUUGUUGACUGGAUGAGAGAAAAGCAUAGCUCGUUUUAGCAUCAUUUGUGUGUCUCUCAGAUAGCUGAUUGCAUAAGGACCUUGUGGAAACCCUAACCAGUAAUCAUGGAGCUGGCUCAUAUCGUAACUGAUUAAACUGAUUUUGCCGGACCUUUUCUCAGGUUAAAGCUACAAUUUUGUUGUCCGGAGAUGAGUUAGACAUUCCGCAUUCAUUUUACCUAUCUUAAGCAGAAAAAAUUCGUGUUACUCUUAUCCAAAUGAAGGAUAAUUCUCUAAAUAUAGCGUUAAAGCAUCAUCUCUCUCUACAGUUUCAUUAUGGAUUGUGAUGUUAAUCAUCUACUAAUUUGCAAAACCAUUAGUAAGAGCUUCUGCUUUAGUUAAA